AUGGAAAGAGUAGCACUUGCUGAUCUAUCCGACCAAAGUCGUAAUUUUACGAAUACAAUUGUCGUCCUCCGAAAGCAACCUCCAAAGACUUCUCGUUCAGGAACUAUGAAGAUGCAAAAUCUUAUAUUUGAAUAUGAGGGUGUACAAAUGAGGGCAACAAUAUUUGAACAAGAUAUUGAUCUCUUCAGAGACACACUUCAUGAAGGAAAAGAAUAUGAUAUAACAAAUCCACUAAUCACUCGAAUGCCUGACUAUCUCAUCAGAAAUGAGCAACAAUAUCAGAUGACCAUCAAAUCAACAAAAAAUAUUGUUGGUGUUGCUAUCCAUGUACAUGAAAUAAGAACAGUGACUUCUCAAACAACUGGAAGAACGUAUGAUAUACGUGAUAUUCAGUUAACAGAUACAUCGUUAACACCAAUAACAUUGUCAGUAUGGAGCACUCUUGCUACACAUGAAGCUGAACAGAUUGCUGAAAUAAUCGAUUCGCUUCCUAUUAUUCAAGUUACACGUGUUGUAGCAAAAAAUUUCGAUGGGUUGUCGAAAACACUGAAAAUAUACGAACUAAAAACAUCGAUUGCUAAUCUGAGCAAUGAAAACACAGAGCAAAAUGGACACUCAGAUGUUUUAAUCAGUUUACUGCCAGAACAACAGGCUGGAAAGAAUGUGCGUAUCAAAGGAAAAAUUACAGAAAUAUCUAAUAAGCAUAGUCUAAUAUAUGAUUCUUGCAACGUAUGCAACAAAAAAUGUAACGCUAACAUUGGAGAGGAAUUUACCUGUUCAAUUUCAUCCACUACACAUGCUGCAACAGCUGAACCCAAAUGUAUCAUACAUGUGGAUGUUGAAGACUCCAGCGGUAGGACACCUAUGACACUAUUUGGUCAUCAUGCAGAGUUUGUUUUAGACAAAAAAGCAAUUGAGAUAUUAUUACUGUCGAUGCAGGUACGCCGAAUAUUUAUUGAAGAAACUGUUGAGAAGUUAAAGGACAAAUAUUUCAAUAUAGAAUUGACUACAUGCAUGCUUGGAGAUAACAAACAACUACGUUGGAAAACCAAGGAAAUUACAUAUGCUACCAUUUGA